UGCUAGGUUUGAGUUGUUUAAAUUUCUUGGUGAUAUGUUUGGCGAAAAAUCGGUGGCAUCGAAGCCAAACAAAGUAAAAGAUGAUGUUAAGCCAGAGAUUGUGGAUACUAAUUUAAAUAAUAAAAUCCGAGGAGAUGUUUUGUUGCCUGCUGUGGAAGAUAGGGUUUUUUGUUCACCUGAUAACGGAAAACGUGUUUCAAAUCGAGGCUUUGCUCAAGAUUCUUUGAAUAAGUCUGAUUUGGGUCGAGAAAGGGGUAGAGAAAUAGAUUUUGAUUUGGAAAAUGAUAAAAUAAGGUCCGACUUUCUGGGUGCAAAUGCUAAGAGAUUUGUUGAUAGUGAAGAUUAUAAUUACGAGAGCAGAAGAUUACAGUUCACAAAUACUCACGACAUCUCUUUCAACUCAAGUAAUGCGAAUGAGAGGAAAAGACGGAAAUCCGAUGAUAAUCUGCUUGAUUCCGUGGAUUUCAGUGUCAGACUGGAACACAUGAAAACUGAAACUUCCUUUAUACAUGAGCAGCUGCAUCAUGAAUCUAGUAGAUCUUACAUGUCUUCUCACAACCAAGAGAAGAGAGAAAAUGAGGCAUAUGGGAAGAGACAACGCUAUGAAGAUGAUUCCGACCUAUCCGGUCGUGUAACUGCAGCUGAGAAUGAGGUCGCUUCAUCAUCUUCGUCAAAGUUUGUCGAAGAUGUGACCUUUGAUAAGUAUCUUACAGAAGCUAGUGAUCUUCUUAAAGAAGCCAAAGAGUGUAUGAGGGGAAGACGAGAUGAAAGGCGUGUCGAAGUCGUCUUGAAUAGGUCCGCCACAUUACUCUCACAGGCCAUCGCAAUGAAGCCCAUGAGCCUGUUGGCUGUGGGCCAGUUAGGCAACACUUAUCUUCUUCACGGAGAAUUGAAACUACAUGUCAGUCGUGAGCUGAGAACUCUUCUUACUAAAAAUGAUCCCAUAACUGGUGGGAGGCCGCAAGGAAGAGUAGUUAACAGACUAGAUCAAGUUUCAAGUAGAGACGAAGUUAUAUCCCUCUUAGUUAGUGCUUGUGAAGAGUGUGAAGAGCUCCUUGUGAGGGCUGGGCGAAAAUAUCGGCUCGCAUUAUCAAUCGAUGGAGAUGACGUGAGAUCCCUUUAUAAUUGGGGUCUUGCUCUGUCUUUUCGUGCACAGUUGAUUGCAGAUAUUGGACCGGAAGCUGUGUACGACGCUGACAAACUAUUCUUGGCUGCAAUCGAUAAAUUUGAUGCCAUGAUGACCAGAGGCAACGUUCAUGCCCCCGAUGCCCUGUUUAGAUGGGGAGCCAUAUUGCAGCAACGAUCUCGCCUAAGGCCUAGUAACAGUAAAGAGAAGAUGAAGCUACUACUGCAGGCAAAGAGGUUAUAUGAAGAUGCACUCCAUAUGGACUCCAAAAAUCUGCAUGUAAGAGAUGCCUUAUCAUCAUGUAUAUCCGAGCUGAAGUAUAGGUAUUUCUAGUUAUUACGAUUUACGACAGCAGUAAUGAAAACAACUACACAUUGAUCUCUUUAAACUUUCUCUGCUAUCCCGUAUAAUU